AUGGAGAAUAUCAGCUUCAGUGAUAGUUUUGAGCUUAAUCUUGACCCAUUUCUGAUCCCAGUGAAAGGAAAGUAUCCUGUUUUCCUAAUGGGUACCUUAGUCUAUUUGUUCAGUGUUUCCUGCAACCUGACUCUGAUGCUUCUCAUUGUUGCACAGCAGAACCUCCACAAACCCAUGUACUUCAUCCUUUUCAGCCUCCCGUUCAACGAUUUGAUUGGAAUUACCACAAUGCUUCCUAAGGUGCUGUCAGAUAUUGUCACAGAAACCAGCAAAGUGCACUAUCAUUUAUGUGUUCUCCAGGGCUUUUUGCUGCACAUGUAUGGAGGAGGCAUCCUGUUUGUGCUGGCAGCAAUGGCUUUUGACCGUUAUGUGGCCAUCUGCCAGCCCUUGAGAUACAAUGCCAUCAUGACCCCUGCAACAGUGGCAUUAAUCAUAUUACUGAUCUGGGGUCUUGAUUUUAUUCUGAUCCUGUCAUUGUUUUCUAUGCAGGUCCGGCUACCUAGGUGUAGGUCCACUAUAAUGAAUGUAUUCUGUGAUAAUCCCUCCCUGCUUAAACUCACAUGUGUGAACACUACUGCCAAUAAUGUUUUAGGUUUGUUCAACACAGCUAUCAUUCAGGUUAUCAGUGUGUCUAUUCAGAUUUUUUCUUAUGUCAAGAUCCUCAUUGCCUGCACGGUUACCAGGAAAUCUGGGGCAAAGAGCAAAGCUAUCAACACCUGCAGUGCACAGCUGUUAAUCUUCAUCAUAUUCGAAGUUGUGGCCACCUUUACUAUUCUUUCACAUAGGUUUAAGGAUAUUUCAACUUACCUGCAAAAAAUUAUGGGCAUGCUGAUAUUUCUGGUUCCUCCGCUAUUAAAUCCCAUUGUGUAUGGCUUGAACACCAAAGAAAUACGAAAUUCACUCAUCAGAGUUUUCAGGACUAAGGUUUAUAAUAAAUAA